AUGGAUAAUUCAUCUUCAAAUCACAAUACCUCGUUUGGGUCCCGUUUGAGGAGGAGUUGCUUAUCUUUUGCAGCUUCUGUACAAGAAGGCUUUCGAUAUAUAAAAGCCUUUUUUGUGGGUCAGGUAAAGACAAUUACCGCAAGAAACGAACAGGAAGCAAGUGAAGCUGAACUUGAGGCUACCAAGAUGCAGGUUGACGCUGCUGAUGCUGCUGAAGAUAUCAAGAACAGACUAAAAAAAUCUGAGUAA